AUGGCAGCAUCGUCACACAACCCUUUUCCCCGUUCUCCUAAUCCAUCUACAAGAUCGUAUGACUCUUCUUCGGUCUCUUCGGCAACUUCACCUCGGCCGCAAGUUCAACUCUUAGGCAACUUAAUGGGUUCUAACGCGAGACCGAAUCCUACUCAGACGCCACCACAACCUAUAGGGAUUCCGCCGCUACCUCCAGUGAGCCAGACAGGGUUUCAACCAUAUACGCCGGUAACGGCAACUUCCGUGAUGGGCCGAGAUUCGUUGCCACCAACGGACUCGGUAGCGAGCACUCCGGGACUUUCUAGUGCUCAGUUGUCGGCAAAUGUCUCGGCUCAGAAACGUGCUUACCGUCAAAGGAGGAAAGAUCCUAGUUGCGAUGCCUGUCGGGAGAGAAAGGUCAAGUGUGAUGCUACGGAGACGACGAGCUGUUCGGAAUGCUCUAGCCGUAACGUCAAAUGUCAGUUUACCAAGGAAACAAACCGGCGAAUGUCAUCCAUCAAACAAGUACAGGAUUUGGAGAAGCAAAUAGAGAGAGUACGGAGGGAGAAUAAUAACCUGAGGCGUACUCUCGCUGAGAGGGGCGAACAUAUGGAUCUUGAUGCGGAGGGGGCAGAGCAGAUACCGACGCAGCAACAGCAGCAGCAACAGCUUCAGCUACUCCCAGAGCUCAACUCCGAACCUAGGAGACGAAAACGAGCAGUACCAUUAUUACGGGAUCCUUCACGAGCGAGAACAGCAUUCCGAAAUUACUCGAGAGGUCUAUUGAAACCUCCAGCGCCCUAUCGACUACCACAGACGACUAUCGUUUCGUUCGAUCAAGCUAGACCGUCGUUACCCGCUAAAGCGAUCGUAGAUAAACUCCUUCUAACGUAUUACGGCGCGGCGCAUAUUAUGAUGCCAAUAUUACACUGGCCGACUUUGCAGCACCAAGUUGAUGAGCUCUACCAGAAUACCACUGAUCUACAGCGGGUUCCCAUAUCUUGGCAUGCUAUGUUCUUUGCCGUAUUAGCUAUGGGGAGCUUGUUUAGUAACGACCCAUAUCCUGACAGAACUUUACAAGCCAACGAAUUCCUCGAAGCUUCGCGAAGCUUAAUCGAUCCGUGGAAUAACGACUUCGAUUUAGAUAACGUUCGAACGGCGUUAUUUAUUUCGCUAGCUCUAAAUGAGCUAAAUUUGAGGUCGGCAGCUUGGACUUGGUUAGGUAGUGCUGUACGAAGUGCGCAGGAUCUUGAUCUCCACUUAGAAGUGGUCGGGGUACGUUCUAGGGUCGAGGCGGAUAUGAGACGAAGAGUUUGGUGGGCAAUUUACGUGUUCGAUCGUACGCUGUCUAUGGAGCUUGGACGUCCUUUUAUGAUCGACGAUGCCGAUUGCGACGUAGCCUUACCCGAACCAUUCGACGAUCAUUACCUCCAUACUGAAGGUCCCGUACAUCCUCCAAACGCCGUACCCCUGACGCAUUUUCUACAUGGGAUCAUCAAUAUCGUGCGGUCCUUUUCUGCCAUGAGAAAAGCCUUCUCUCAUCCAGUAAUCGAACCACCAUGCCUUGCGACUUUCGAUAAUCACUUCGUCGCAUGUCAGAAGAUGUUCCCGGAAGCCUGCGAAGCAAGCAAUUCUUCCCUAAUCGCUCCUCAUGUGCUAAUGCCCCUUUCGUACCUCCUUAGUACUCGAUUAUUGUUGCACCGCCAUAAUCUUGCCCCGGGUUGUCCUUUAGAAGCCAGGAGCGAUGCGAUUCAGCAGUGUAAAGCAACAGCAGUCGAUACGGCGAAUUUAAUCGCUCGGACGAAUGCAACGCUUGCUGACACGGCUACGUCCCUUCUUGUGACUCAUGUCUUCCGUUGCACAUUAUUCUUACUCCUAACCGGAUAUUACGAUCAAGCAUCCACAUGCCUGAGAGCUCUCAAGUCGGUCGAUGCGCGACGAGACGUCGCGAUCCCGUGUGGUCGUUUCUUAUCUUUCUUCCUACAAGUAUUAGGAACCAAACAGCGAGAAUUUCUAUUAACCGUCGUACCCCGUUCGACAACACCCGGUUAUCCCCCACAAGCGACUUUACCAGACCCCAGGACUAUUCAAGAUGCGCUAUUACGAGAUGAAGAGCUUUUGAUCUACGUGAGUGCCGAUAUACAAGCUAGCACAGAAGCAUCUUGGGUAUGGUUCGGAGCGGAGCGUGAAGCCCCGUUAACAUUACCACUAUCUUCCGUUGGGGGCGGCCUGGGACAUCCAGAUACUCGGACAGGUCUAAACGCCAAAGAAAGGGAAGAUUGGAGCGGGUGGGAUAAUCUAAUAGAGCUUACAAGAGGUCUUGCUUCUGGGGCGGGAAGCCCAGCACCGGGAUAUAUACCUAGAGCACAAACACUUCCUCCUAUUAAAACAGAACAAGGAGCAAAUUUACCAGGAGGUGGUGUAGCCGAGAUUGGAAGUAGCAGAAACAGUCCAGCCGCUGGAACAACAUCGGGAAGUCGAAGUACGGAGAGAAUCAGCAUUGCAAACAUCAUAUAA